AGCUAGCUGUCAGAAAGUGAGUUCAUUCCCUCGAGCCGAGGAGACAGAGCGCAGGCGAUAGUCUUUUUGCCCUUCCGUUGAUUUCUAGCAGCACAAAUCAGCGAGACAACGAGACAGACCUUUACACCGAGCCCGGCCAUGGACGAGCAGGCGGGGCCCGGCGUGUUCUUCAACAACAACAACAACUCCGUGUUACCCGGCGGGGGGAAAGGACCGCUGCCCGAUGGCGACGCUGCGGAGGCGGCUAGAGCGCAGUACAGUAUCCCGGGGAUCCUGCACUUCCUGCAGCACGAAUGGGCCCGUUUCGAAGUAGAGAGAGCACAAUGGGAGGUGGAGCGGGCCGAAUUACAGGCCCAGAUCGCCUUCCUGCAGGGCGAGAGGAAAGGCCAGGAGAACUUGAAGAAGGACCUUGUGAGGAGGAUCAAAAUGCUGGAAUAUGCACUGAAGCAGGAGAGAGCAAAGUACCACAAGUUAAAAUAUGGGACCGAGUUGAAUCAAGGCGACAUGAAGCCUCCGACCUAUGACUCUGAUGAGACCAACGAGAAUGAGUCCUCUGGAUCGCUCAACAAUCAGCUGUCCUGGAAACAAGGACGUCAGCUCCUCAGACAGUACCUGCAGGAGGUGGGCUACACAGACACCAUCUUAGACGUGAAGUCCCAGCGGGUCCGAGCGCUGCUAGGACUAGCCGGGGAUGGAGGCGGAAAGACGGGGGAACGGACCAGUACUGAGCCUCUGGUCAAUGGGACAGACGCAUCAAAGGCAUUGGGCUCCAGAGGGAAAGCGGAGCUCUCUGACAGUAGCGCUGUACUGGAGGCCUUCAAGUUCAUCGAGAAUGCAGCAGCCGAGUUCAGCGAUGACGAUGAUGACGAGGACAGCGAGGGGAGGGACAGGACUAACGUGGAAUCCAGAACGAUCCUGAGGAAGAAGCCCCCGUCUUCAACAACGCCGGCCAGUAUGGACACCAGUGAGGACCCUGACACAGAGGAGGCACUGAAGGGCUUUGACUUCCUGUCCAGUCAUGACGAGAUGGACACCUCGCCAGAGUCCAGAGGCAACGGGGACGGCACAGACUGGGAGAAGGACGAUCAAGGUCCCAUUUCUGAGGCCUGGGAGGUGGACCCGGGCAUGAUAACCAAACUCAAGGAGCAGUACAGAAAGGAGCGCAAGGGGAAAAAGGGGGUGAAGAGGCCGAACCGGUCCAAGCUGCAGGACAUGCUGGCUAACCUGAGGGAUGCAGAGGACUUGUCCCACAUGCAGCCUCCACCAUCCGCCCCCCAGUCCCGGCCCAACGCGGUCCGGUUCAACGAGCACGACGGGAACCGACCGGAUGAAGUUGAGGCGCUGACCUUCCCGCCCACCUCAGGGAAGUCGUUCAUUAUGGGCGCGGACGAGGCCAUGGAGAGUGAGCUGGGCCUGGGGGAGCUUGCCGGACUCACCGUGGCCAACGAGGCCGACAGUCUGUCAUACGAUAUUGGCAACAAUAAGGAUGCCAUGAGAAAAACAUGGAACCCCAAAUUCACUCUGCGGAGUCAUUUCGAUGGGAUUCGAGCUCUGGCCUUUCACCCUGUGGAGCCCGUCCUGGUCACUGCUUCAGAGGAUCACACGCUCAAGAUGUGGAACCUGCAAAAGACUGCUCCUGCCAAAAAGAGUGCAUCUUUAGAUGUGGAACCAAUCUACACUUUCAGGGCCCACAGGGGGGCUGUGCUGAGUGUGGUGAUGAGCAGUUCAGGGGAGCAGUGUUUCAGCGGAGGGGUUGAUGGGACUAUACAGUGCUGGAACACCCCCAAUCCCAACAUCGACCCCUACGACUCCUACGACCCAUCGAUGCUGCGCGGAGCGUUGUGUGGACACACCGACUCCGUCUGGGGUCUGGUGUACAGCAGCGCACACCAGCGCCUCCUCUCCUGCUCGGCAGACGGGACUGUGAGGCUGUGGGAUGCCAACACCACUUCCCCCGCCCUCGCAGUAUUCAACGAAGACAAAAACCUCGGAGUUCCCUCCUCAGUAGACCUGGUGUGCAGUGAUCCAGCCCACCUGGUCACAUCCUUCACUAACGGGCAGAUCGGCCUCUUCAACAUGGAGACCCGCCAGCUGGUCCUCAGUCUCGAGUCCAAUUUGGAGCCGGGCACUCCCUGUCAGAUCAAUAAGGUCCUCAGCCACCCGACUCUUCCCAUCACCAUCACUGCAGAAGAGGACAGACACAUCAAGUUCUUUGACAACAACAGCGGGAAAAUGAUUCACUCCAUGGUGGCUCACCUAGAUGCUGUCACGAGCUUAGCCGUAGACCCGAAUGGACUUUAUCUCAUGUCCGGCAGUCACGACUGCUCAAUCCGUCUGUGGAACCUGGAGAGUAAAACCUGCAUCCAGGAGUUCACGGCUCACAGAAAGAAGUUCGAGGAGUCGAUCCACGACGUGGCGUUUCAUCCGUCUAAAUGCUACAUCGCAAGCGCCGGGGCGGACGCUCUCGCCAAAGUGUUCGUAUGACGUGGAGCUGCGUGUCUCCCUGCAGCCCCGCUCUCUGACUCCACCUCCCCAUGAUCAGGGACCAAUAGAGACACAGGAGGGGGAAAGACCUUCAGGCAUGGGUCCAGUCCCACCUCUCACAGCCCACAGGUUUCC